UUUGAUAAUUUACAUCUAAAAAUAUUUCAUUAAAACUAAUUGACAGUAGUUGUAGACGAUAGAUGGCAGUUCUGACACAUACAUAUGUUUUUGAUACAUUUGAAAGGGAAAUUGUUGGGAUUUCUUUUUUAAUAAUAGCGCCAAGUUUCUUAUUUUAAUUUAUUUGCAAAAUAAAAGAAGUUUCAUAAACGAACCAAGAAAAAAAAUGUCAAAACGCAAGGCAUUAAGUGCUGAAGAAAAAUCUGUAAAAAUGUUGGAAAUCUUCCAUGAGAGCAGCAGCGUUUUUCAAUUAAAAGAGUUGGAGCGCAUAGCUCCUAAAGAAAAGCACAUUGUGGUUCAAUCAGUUAAGAGUACAUUAGAGGAAUUGGUAAAUAAUGGACAAGUACAUAGUGAAAAAAUAGCUGGCAGUAUUUAUUAUUGGUCAUUCCCCAGCGAAAAUUUCAACACAAUAAAAAAUCAAUUAAAAGAAAAGGAAGCAAUUUUAAGUAAAUUGCUUAAUAAAAUUGAAAUAGCAACUGAGCAAUUGCAAAGUAGCACAAAUGCAUUGGAGAAUAGUGCAGAUACUGACACAUUACAAACUAAAAUCGCAACAUUAAAAAAGGAUAAAAUUGAACUUGAAAAGCUCUGCGCGGCUGCAAUCGCAGAUUACGACCACAACGACAUUACACAGAAGGCAAAUAGUCACAAGGCACUUUCGGAAGCUGUGAAUCGCUGGACCGACAACAUUUUCAAUGUCAAGAUGUGGUGUAAACGCAAAUUCGACAAGCAAGGCAGUGAACUGGAUAAAGCGUUUGGUAUUCCCGAAGAUUUAGAUUAUAUGUCUUAAUUUUAUUUUGUUUAUGCCAGGUGUAAAAUCAUUUUAACUUAAAUCUUGUCGUCAAGCAAAUUGUUGCAUUAAAAAAUUA